AUUUUCAACAACUCUCACAGCGCACAACGGCCAGCGGAGAACGAAGAUUGGAGCUACAGGGACUCUGUGACGUUAUACACACGAGAGCAUAGGAAUACCAGCACAUAGGAGGAAAGAUCACCAAUUUUGAGGAGACGUGACUCGUCACUUCCUACCAACUUCCAGCUCAGAUGUCUGCUCUCUUCAACUUUGCGUCACUGCUAUUGGUCUUCCUCCUACUGAUAUGUACAUGCACAUAUAUACGUGGAGCUGCACCUGGAUUAGUAGACAGGAAUAGGGAUGGCUUCCUCGGUGUCUUCUUCAAAUGCGCACGGAUAGGGGAAAGAUUAUCACCCUACGUGUCACUAGCGUGUGUAGCCAUGGCUCUCACGUUUUUGAUAGGUAAAUGAGGGGAAAGUCGGGGUUUACAGGCCCUCGACACACCGAGAUACAGCUGUACAGACACUAUCCGCCGCUCGCCAUCACGACACCAGAGACAUGAACAGCCCA